GUUUUUUUUGUUUGCAUUUUGUUUAUAAGAUAGUUAGAAAGCAUUUCUAUUUAUUAUUAAAAGAUUUUCGAACGUAUUUAUAAAAUAACAUUUAGACAACACAAAUGGCUACUAAAUUAGAAAUAAAUAUUCGCACAUUGAUUGUUCAAUGUGAGGAUUUAGUGAAAGAUGAUACAAAUAAUUGGCUACUUAAGAAAUAUAUUAAAUCAUUGGACACUAUGAUUAAGGAGUUAGAGGAUGGUGAAGAAAAGCCGAAAGCAUCAACUAUUGAUGAAUACAAAACAAGAUGCCGAACGUUGAAAGAGCAAACAAACUAUGUUGAACCACCAAAAUUGAGUGACCAAUUCAAAUUAAAAUCGACAGAGUCUGGUAAUCAUAUUGUCAGAGAAAUGAAUCAAAUACAUGAUGCGAAGUAUGCAAAAUCAUUACGUCGUGAUUUAUUGGGGGUGAGUGGAACGGAUCCAAAUAAUACGGUGCGACAACGUGUGAAAAGCAGUACAACGGGAAGCGGAGACGAUAUGAAUGAAUCGAUAAAACAUCAUACGAAUAUGCAAGAGAAAAUUGCCGAAGAUAUGCUUGCAUUGACCAGAAAUCUAAGGGAACAAACCGAAAUUGCAAAUCGAAUCAUUCGAAAGGACACUGAUAUUGUCAGCAAAUCGAGCAAUUUAUCGGAUAUGAAUUAUUCUGCGUUGAAUAAAGAAACGACCAUACUUAAAGAACAUUCAGCAAGAGCGUGCAAAUGGUGGAUGUGGAUUAUGCUCGGAGUAGUAAUGAUUACAUUCAUCUCUAUGGUUUUGUUUAUGAAAAUUAUGAAGAAACCAAAAUCGUAAUUUCGAUUUGGAUCGUUUUAUGCCUCUUGAUGAGUCUAUGGAAUCACAAUUGAAUACGAAAAUCGAUUGUACAUUACCUUGAAUUGCAAAUGUUCCUGGUUUUUUGUUGUUUUUAAUUUAUAAAUAAACUCACCAAGAAAAAAUCAUACGCCUUAA